AUGGAAGAAAAUCAAUUCGACGUUGUUAUAUUCGGGACGGGGUUGGUGGAGAGUAUAGUUGCUGCUGCACUCUCAAAAGCAGGAUACAAAGUUGCCCACAUUGACUCCAACUCAUAUUACGGAGGGGAUGAAGCUAGCCUCUCUCUAGAUGAACUUGUUCAGUGGGCAGACGGCAUCUCUCAUACUCCUGAUUCUUCAUCACGGUUUCAACGCGUCACUCGUUCCACAGAAGUCCCAUCACAAGCUCGUCAGUACUCUAUAUGCCUUAGACCAGCUGUUCUAUCGGCGAUGGGUCCCUUGAUCUCAUCACUCAUAAUGUCGGGAGUUGCAAAGUAUAGUGGGUUCCGAUUACUGGACUGUGUGAGUGUCUACGAUGGAUAUGGGCGCGCAAAAAGCGUACCGGGCAGUAAGGAGGAUAUUUUCAAAAGCAAGGAAAUCAGUUUAAUUGAGAAGAGAAGAUUAAUGCGCUUUUUAACCUUUGCUGCUGCCGACUUUGUGGGGAAGAAGGAAAUCGAAGGAAAAGAGAACAUGCCUUUCCUUGAAUUCCUGAAAUCAGUAUUUUCUCUGAGUGAGGAGGUAUCAACUGUAAUCGUAUACUCCCUUGCGUUUUGUAUGUCUUCUACCGAACCGACAAUUCACUGUCUUCAUCGUCUGCAGAAAUAUCUGCGUUCUGGCGGGCGAUAUGGGCCAUCUCCGUUCCUCAUUGGUCACUACGGGGGAAUAGGAGACAUUGCUCAAGGCUUUUGCCGUGCUGCUGCGGUCAGUGGUGGAGUUUAUAUAUUGGCAAGGCAAGUCACUGCUAUUGUUCAAACUCGGCCAUCUUCAAUCGCAACCCCUGAAAAUGAAGACAAUUCACGUUCGACAUUUAAUUAUGCCAUUGAUCUUGAAGACUUUCCUGACACCUUAUCGUGUAAUCUAAUUAUCUCUUCGCCACCCUACAUCCCCCCAGACACACGGGAACGAGCCUCACACCUAUCACCACCUUCGCAAAUUCAAUCAGAUGUGGUAUGCAUCGCUCGUUGCAUUGCCAUCAUCGAUCAAGCUCUAUCCAUUCGAACGCCUGAAAGUGCAACAGAAGAUUCAUCUGAGCAAGGUUCCGAAGAUACUGAAGCUUCACCACAAACCCUUAAGUCGGUACCUCCAGACACUGCGAUUGUCGUAUUCCCUCCUUCCUCAGUAUCAGAUGGUUCAAUGACCCACUCUGCCACCGCGUUGAUUAACGGAGAAGGUAGCAUGUCAACUCCCAAAGGGAAAUGGAUCAUUUACAUCGCAUUGCCACUAUCCUCCGUUCCUGAGGAAUCCGUUUCCACAGAAAGUAUUGUCAGACCCUAUUUAAAUGCCUUGCUUUUGCUUGGGGCGGACCCUCCACAUACCCCAGUUACACCGCUAUUCACUACAUUCUACCUGGAAACUUCGCCAUAUAAUUCACCACCAUCUGCUCCUGGUACAUCGUCUCCAAACACCGAUCCUAGCUGCAUUAUUCCGCCGACAUUGCCUAUGGUACCUCUUCCUGACAUCCCUGAUGAGGCGACUACUAUCGCCGAAAACACGUUCAAAGAAGCGGUUAAAUAUUUGCGAAGCAGAAGAAAAUCUGGCGACGCGGAGGAAUCAGAAAUUGCUUUCUGGCCACCUAUCCCAGUAGAAGACGAAGAGGAAGACAACGAUUGGUAA